AUGUCGGGAUGUGACUGUUCUCUUAACACUCGUCAUUUAAUGGCUUUUCACUGGACUGUGCCAAUCUCUUUCCCAUUACCUCCAGCCUAUGCUGUGCAUACUCCGACUCCGGAGCAAACACGAACCCUUCCGAUUGUUCUGGAUAGCCAGCACCCCCUGUUGAAGUUAGUCCGCAUUGGAAGUAUAUUUUUGAUAGCGUUUGUUGUUGCAGAUAUGGUCGCUUGGAGGGCUGCUGGAAUAAACUAUGUCCGCUUUUCACAGAUUGCAGCGGAGGUCACUAGGAAAUGUGUUAAACGCACUACUAAAACUGUUGAAGCAAAGCCAGCAACUUUGACGGUGUCCGUCUGGGAGAAUGGAAAGGCUGUAAAGAAGCUCUGA